GCGGUCAUGUGACUGACUUGAUGACGUCGAGGUAAAUAGAACCCAAAAUAUCAACAAAGUGUCGUGACAGCACUAGACAAUAGUUAUAGAUCUGCGUCUUUUUCGAAACUGUCCAGAAAAACAGAGACAUGGCCUCUGUGUCAAAACAGGAAGACUUUCAAGACUCUUGGGUGGAUCUGGAAUCGAGCGGAAAUUCCACAGGAGCGCUCCACUCUAUCCACAAUGGAAAUUCGGAGGUGGAAAAGCUGUUAAUUGAGGCUCAGAAGGAAUCGAGGAGUCCGUCCCGCGCAAACAGCAAAGAGUCCUCCGCUCAGGGAAGCCCCAAGAGUCCUCAUAGCCCAAACAAUGAGCUCCAGGAGUCCAGGGACCCCGGCACAGAGUGGAUCUGGGACUGGUCAAGUCGGCCGGAGGCCAACCCCCCACUAGAAUGGAAGGAGAGGUUUAAGAGACCGGCCACCAGUGUCAGGAACACGCGUGUCAUGAAGACCAUGUUCUUCUCUUGGGAAAACUUGCCAUACAUCGUCUGCAGUUCAACGAUAGCCUUUAUAAGUGGGGCUGCCAUGAUGUUUCUAAUCAUGAGAAGACUAGGAAGUAACAAGUUGAGCAUCUAGUCUUCAUCACCAAUCUCAAGAUCUGUGAGCGAUACAACAGAAAAUCACAGUCCAUACCGACACACAGACAGACAAAGUGACACACUCCCAGCAUCCAUGGGGAUCACACCUUGUGUCUCUGGCCUUCUUUUUUAGUGGAAAAUUGUUGUCAUCCUUAUCUUAUAAGUUUGUGUCUUUAAUUAUUUUUUUUGUGUUGAUUGUUUUCAAACUUUUUAUUAUUAAUAAGCUCAAGGGGUUAUAGUUUUCUUCUCUUUCUUUCAUUAUUCUGAAAUCCUGUUAAUUUUUUUCCCCCAAAGUAGGGCUUUUACACAGAUGUUUAUUUAUAGAUCAGUAAAGAUUUUUUUUUAUUGAACUUACCUUAUAAACAGUAUGCAUUGAUGAUAUUGCAAAGCAUUUCAAGAUUGUUUUAUUUUUAAUAGAGUCUUUAAUUUACCGUCCAAUUUAAAAAAAGAAGUUUUUUUGAGCUAAAGCAAUUCUCAGUGGUUGAAUUAUUAAAGACUGAAUAAUUAUUAUUUAUAUAUACAUAUUUUAAAUAAAAAUACAAGGCUUUUAGUAUCAUAUUACUGGAAAAAUUUUGGGAAUACACUGUAUCUCUAUGAUCGAUGUAAAUGCUAGAAACUUUUGAUAAUUACAGUACAUGUAUGACAGUAUGAUAUAUAAUUAUCUCCCAUUUAUGAAUAUUUCUCCAUGUAAAGGUAACUUUUUAUUCAUAGCUUAACAAAAAAUAUUUAUACAGUAAUCAACUAUUAUGUUUACAGUCAAACUUCGUUAUCUCGAACUCAAUGGGACAGUUUAAAAACUUCGAGAUAUCCAAGUAUUUGAGAUAUCGAGGGUAAAAUACUUAAAAAAUAUGUAGUUGGGACUUACAAAUCUCUUCGACAUAUCCAUUGGAUUUGAAAUAUCAGUGUUCGAGAUAAAGAAGUUCAACUGUAUAUAAAACUUAUAGGAAAGCUGGGAACUAAGACAUACAAGUAGAUGUACUGUUUGUCUUAAAUAUGUAUAUUUAUUCUUUUUAUUAUUUAUUUAUUUCUUAUUAAGAAAAAAGUUGUCUCAAACUCUCUAAUAGAGUUUAUUAUGAAAAAAAAGCCUGGUCCAGUUUUUGUACACAUAUAGUGCUAUUGGGGCAUAAUACAAUUAUUUUGAUUUUUUUUCACUUUGAGAUUAAGACUUUUUUUCCCACAGCUAUUUUAACUUUUUAUCUCUUUGGAAACCUUACACUGAACAGAGCAUUUACUUGUGAUUUUUCUUGUGUAACCACAAUCUCUUAUUAAGGCUGCUUGAAAUGCAUGCUUAAGAAAUCUUGUAAACUUAUAGUAACUGUAGAUAUGUACACUAAAUAUUCUCUUUAUAUAUUAAAUGUAGUUGUUUAAUUCUUUACUGUGUAAGUUUUGUCCAAGUAUAUUGCAGGAAUUGGCAUUUAGAUGAAAUUAAACAGUCUUUGUUACAUUUGUAUCUCAACUAUUGUAACAAAACAAUUAUAAUACAUUAGUGCUACAAUCAUCGCUCAAAUGAAAUACGCUGUAGUAUAAACAAGAAGAAAUCCUUGAAAUUUUAUUUAAAGUAAAUUUUAAAAAAUUAAAAACAAAAACCUGCACAGAGACGGCUUAUUUGGGCAUAACUGUAGAUCUUUUGUAGAAAACCUCGGACCAAUCUGUCUUUUCCGACACUUGUUUACCGGUACAUGUAUAUUGGGUGUGUUUUUUUAUGGCAUCAUUGACAGUUUUUUCAUGAGAUGUAUUUGUAAUGCAUAUUGCAGUUGGAAUGAUACGAAGUGUUUACAAGAAUGAAGUGAAUGUCUGUAUAUUUCAGAGUGAUUUUGGAUAUGAUAGAGUUUCAGGUUAAACAGGUAUCGGGAUUGACAGGUUUUUCUGUAUAUGUAUUAUUAUAUAUUAUUAUCUAUCUGAUAUUGUUUAUUGUUAAAGUGUCUUUUUUGUUAGCUGAUAUUGCCUUGAUUAACCUUUAUUUUUAAUUACCUUUUCCUGUAUUUUUUUUUUUACACUUCAACUCAGUGUUCAGACAAAUUCAUGCUUUUAUCAACACAGUAUUACAUGUAACAUCUAUACCCAAAAAUCAGAUAGAGUAGCUUUGACAACCAUCUCUUGUUCACCAUGGAUUAAACACUAAAAUCUAAUAGUGCUAUAUUUAUAUUCAUUUAUGAACUCUCAAAUUGAAUCUAUCUGUGCUUAAACAUGACUAAUUAGUGUUAUUAAACAAAGAAAUUGGUAGUAGAACCAUCUUCCUAGAAAGUUAAUUUAGCAUGCCCUUUUAUUAAACUCUUGAUUUAUCAUUUAUUAGAUAUAAUGUUCUUAGAGGAAAUGUACAAGUUAUCACACAAUAUCACAAUUUCUCCUAAGGUUGAUAAUUAAACAGGUUUUAAAAAAAUCUUUAACUAUUCAUUCUAAAUUGUUUUUUUUUUAAAAUACAUAUUAAAAUCAGACUUUAAAUUUUAACUUUUGAGGACCAUAGUUAUAAAACCUACAAUUUCAUUUACUAAUGAAAAUAAUUAUUACUUUAUAAAGAUUUUUAUUUGUGUAAAAUUUCUUUUCAAAUGACAAAAAGUCUAUGAAUGGAGUUGUUAUGUGAUAAACGUGUUUGUUUCUGUGGUUUUGUUUCAUGUGUAGUGACUUUAGAUGAUUACACAUCACUUAGAGAGACACAAUUAGAAUGACACAUGUGCAUGUACAUAUGUCUCACACACACACACAUACACAUCAUCAGCCAUUGAAUUACAACAUCGUCACACCUUCAGGUUUCUACGCACAAUCUUCUGAUGUCAAGAUUUACGGUAAUAUUGAAAUACAUUUGUACUUGAUGUAGCAAGUGAUAGAGUACAUUCUUAUAAAAAGUGAACUUUGAAAUCUAACUGAAUUGCUAUCAUGGGACAAGUUUGUUUCUUUUUUGUGUUUUUUUUUCUAAAAUGUUUUUGGCACCUGAUUCAGAAUGGAUGAUGUAAUUUGCGUGAUUAAUUACAGCAAUAAUUGCAAAAUCAAUACACUAGUUUUGACUACUUCUCUAUAUUAAUAUAAUUCACAUGGACAAAGCAAAAUAAAUUUAAAAUUUACCGAUACUAAGUCAUUACAAUAUACAAAUAAAUUUGUAUUUUUAUUUUACCUUACUAAUAAUAAUAAGAUUUUGAAUUUAUAUUGAUAUAACCGUAUUUACCAACAGACUAUUCAGGUUUCCCUAGUGCUUUUCGGAAUGUUCAAUUAGCCAAUGUUGUUUUCAUUGCAGGAAUUAUGUAAAAAUGUUAAAAGUACGGCAAUGAUGAAUAUUUGCAAUGAACCAAUAAGAUGAAUUUUAUCAGGAUGCUCUCAAACCGUUCAUUUUCUACUUGGACCACCUCAGUUAUGCAUGAAAAAAAAAAAUCAUGCUACAUUCCAGUGUGUUACUUUAUCCAAAACUUGAAAAUUAGAAAUAGAAUGUUGAAAUUUUUUUUGUUGAUUACAAGUUGCCCUGCACUAUAUUCAGUAAUCCAUGUUGAUUUGAACAAAGUGAGAAAUGGAAUCCGGUGUAAUCAAGCAAUAUUGGUUCUGGAAAAUAGUGCACCAAUCUUUCCAAUUUUAAUUUAUGCUUUUUGGUUUUAAUUAGUAACUAAAGGUUUAUAAUUUUACAUAAGGAUCCCAAAAACAGUUUCCUAGUCAAUUCUGAUCAAUCAAAAUAUUCAAAUAUACAAUUUUAUUUUAUGAUAAUUAUUAUUUUUGAAAAAGAUACAGAAUUAAAGGUUGAAUAUUGUUUGUUAUUUUCAUUUAUCAUUUUAAAAAAUGCACUCCUUUGUACCAUUUUGAAUUGUAUCAGUAAAUAGUUUAUGCAUUAAGUUUCUUUUUCAGGCCAAAAUUGUUUUUUUAAGUCUUGAAUAUUUAAAGUUGAUUUUACAGAUUACCAACAUUAUACAUGUAUGUAAAAUUGUGCAAGACACCUCUGAGUACAUGCACUUAUAUUGAAAGGAUUGACUACUGUGUAACAAUUCUGAACAGCUAAAAAACCCAAUUUAUGUAUCAUAUUGAUUAUGCCAAGCACUUUGCUUUUUUUGAAGCUUAUUCAACAGAUUUUAAUUAACAACGAAUUCCUGUUCAAUUUUUCAAUUAUUUUAAAAAGUUGAAGUGGUUUUGAAAACAGUUUUCAAUCACCUGAUAACUCUGGAAGUCCGUUUAUUAUCUACUCUACUCGACCAAGCUCAAUUUUAAAGCAUCUGCUUUAAAGAUGUUGUAGAAUUUAUGUCAUUCUGCUUUUAUGAAAUUGUUGUUGAUUUGUUCCAAUCAUGGCAAAAGAAUUAUGUCGCAGAUUAAAGUCAAGCCAACUUCAUUUAUCUAUAGUGCAAUUACAAUAAAUUGGAUUUGGUGUUUAA